GCCUCGCUUGACGUGUCGCACUUCAUCAAGGAGGCGCGCCUGCUGCUGGACGUUGGCGAGACUUCGCUCGAGGGCGUCGUCGACCUCAUGCUCAAGGCGCUGCUCGACCAGGAGCCCAUGACCUCGCUGGCCGAGGCCAAGUCGGUCGUCUUCGUGCAUGACUCAGUGACGCAGCUGGCGAAAACGAUCCAGGGCACGUGCUCCAGCCCUGAUGGGGACGUCCUCGACUAUGACCAGACGUGGGUGGUCGCCAUGUGUACCCUCCCGACGCUGCAGCGGCGUCACAUGGCCAUCGCACGGCUCAAGCACCCGGCCAACUUUGGCCGAACCGCCAAACAAGUCAAACUGUUCGUGCUUGUGCUUGUACCCAGCAAGGAGAAAGGCACCAAAAACGCGCUGGAGACGGCGCGGACCUUCGCCACCAUCAUCGCCGACCUGGACGUGCGGCAGCGGCUGCUGGAGGCGCACGCCGAGCACGAGUUCCUGCAGCUGGUGGUCAAGCAGAGCCAGAUGAUGCUGUCCGAGGGCAUGGUGAUCGCUAUGCCAGCUGACGGCGGGACGCAGCAGCCGGCCCAGGAGAGGGAGAAGCUGUGUUCGAUCGGACGCGGUCUGAAGGACGACCUGCGCCGCCGGUCAGCCUGCUACGUUCAGGAUUUCGUGGAUGGCUUUGUUGGCAAUAAGACUCUACAAAAGACGAUAUCUACCACUUUCUUCUUAUACUUCGCCUGCAUCCUCCCUGCCAUAGCUUUUGGCAUUCUUAAUGAUCAUAACACAGACGGCAAAAUAGACGUGAAGAAGGUCAUCAUCGGCCAGACGCUGGGCGGCCUCUUCUUCUACGUGUUCGGCGGCCAGCCGCUGAUGGUGCUGCUCACCACCGCGCCACUCGCCAUCUACAUCAAGAUCAUCAACACGAUAUGCACUGACUUCUCGAUCGACUUCUUCUCCAUGUACUGCGCUGUCGGGCUGUGGAGCUCGUUCUUCAUCGUGCUGUACAGCGUUCUCGACGUAUCCCGGCUCAUGCGAUGGUCCACCCGCUCAACGGAGGAAAUUUUCGCCAUCUUCAUCUCCAUCGCCUUCUGCGUGGACGCCUCUCGAGACGUGCUGGUCGAUUUUCGGAAGAAUUACUGGUCUCCGGCGUGCACCGGCGCCAUCCCGGACCACAACGUGACGUCAAACGGCACCGCCAACGACACAAUGGCGGUGGUGCUGGACUGUCAGAGGGAGAAGAGCCUGCUGUUCCUGCUGCUCAUGCUGGGAACACUCUGGGUGGGGGUGUCACUGUACAAUUUCAACAAAACGCCGUAUCUGGAGGCGAGCAAGCGGGAGCUGCUGGCCGAUUACUCCCUUCCCAUCGCCGUCCUCGUGAUGAGCUUCGUCGGCUCCUUCCUCUUCGCCGAUGUCAAUCUGGCCCCGUUCCGGUACAAGGACGAGCAGGCGCUGGGCCUGGUGGCCAUGCAGAACAUGAGUGUGGCGGCAGUGCUGGGUUCCGCCCUGCUCGGCUUCUGCCUCUCCCUGUUGUUCUUCAUGGACCAGAACAUCACCAGCGCCAUGGUCAACAACCCCGGCAACAAGCUGAAGAAGGGGCCGGCCUACCACCUGGACCUGAUGGUGGUGGCGCUGCUGAACGCGCUGCUCUCGCUGCUCGGCCUGCCAUGGAUGCACGCGGCCAUCCCGCACUCGCCGCUGCACGUGCGCAGUAUGGCCGACGUCGAGGAGCGGGUCGAGCAGGGCCACGUUUACGAGAUCAUCGUCAAAGUGCGGGAGACGCGCGUGACGGGCAUCCUGUCGCACCUGCUGAUCGGCCUGUCGGUGCUGCUGCUGCCCUACCCGCUGACCUACAUCCCGCCGCCCGUGCUCAACGGCCUCUUCCUCUACAUGGCCAUCACGGCUCUUAACGGCAACCAGAUGUUCGAACGCAUCACGCUCUUCUUCAUGGAGCAGGUGGCAUACCCGCCGAACCACUACAUCCGGCGCGUGCCGCAGCGCAAGAUCCACACGUUCACGGCGUGCCAGAUUCUGCAGCUGGGCAUCCUGUGCGUGUUCGGCUUCUCGCCAUGGUCCUACAUGAAGACCACCUUCCCGGUGCUGCUUCUCCUGCUGCUGCCCAUACGGCACCGGCUGAUCCCGCUGUUGAUCGAGGAGAGGUACCUGACCGCGAUGGACAUGGAGCACUAGCCGGUCUCGGUC